AUGAUAUUGCUUGUCAAUGGCAGCAGCAUCUGCUCUCGAGGGCCAAAAGUUAUCGCGAAGGAUAAUCCGACCAUCACCACCGACCUUCAUCAAUACGACAUAGACUUUGCGCUGCCCGUUUGGCAUGCUGUCGUUCACGAGCCGACUUGUCAGGCGAAAUACUCCCUCAGUUAUCUCAGAGGUGUGGGACGGACGGACGGGGAGGGGAUAGAGCGAACAUGGUCCAUCCUCAACCCAAUUUCCUUUGCGACGAAGGAAAUGGGAGAAGGGAAUCGACAUGACACGAUUGACGACAAGCUCGACCACAUCAAUUUCGAGAAGAAUAUGCUUCAAGGUCAAAGCCUCUGUCGCAAGCUUAUCGUUGCUAUUGCCGAGUGCGACAGGCAGACACAACAAUUCAUUGAGAUGGACGAGAGCCUCAACGAGGAGUGCCGCGAACGCUGGAGAGCUGUCGUCGACAAAUGGGAAUUGGACAAAACACAACCGAAUCCAUAUCUAAUGCAAAACGGAAAGCUCGCGGGACCUUCAGAAUCUCAGAUUAUGGCGGAGUUACGAAAGGAGGAGCUGACGGAGCUACGAGAAGGGCGAGCGGUAGUCGAAGGAAAGAUGACGGCUGCGUCGUUCGUGAAGGCAAAGCUUCAACUGGAGGCAUUACAGGAAAGGCGCUUACGGCGGACCGGCGGAGUCAACUUCGACGAACUCCGCAUAUCUUUUUUCAAAAAACUACGAACUGUGCAGAAGCUGGAGGAAACUUUCAUGCCCGGGGUGCUGGAUAUCCGACAAGAAGAGGAGGAAUUACGCGACCCCGAUAUCCCUGCACCGAGCGCAGAGCACGUCCGAUCGAGGCCAGGCUUCGUCCACGGUCAAUGUACCGAUGCUUUGGCUGCUUUACGAGGACGAAUCCAUGCCAUGACUCAUCUCAUCCUAUUCCGGAACUCUCAAGUUGUGGGGCAGAAGCGGAGUACAAGGUCAAAUAUGGCGGUCGCAAGGAUGGCGGAGCGUAAGCACGCCGAUGCUGCUAAAUAUCGACAAGCGUGGCGGGCAAUGCGGACGCUGGUCGGACCUACCUACGCACCAGAGUUACGGGAGUUGCAGGAUGCGGACUUAAAUGACCGUACGGAAGUCGAAGAAGAUGCAGAGGCACGAGCACGAUUAGGGCAAAUAGGCAGCACCCGCCGUGUGAGGACGGAACCAUCGCUCAGUCGAACGACUUCCGCAGUCUCGUGGAUUUGGUUUGUGGGCGGUCAUGUCGAUGCGGGGGAGAUACACGAUGGUAUGUUCAGUGUAUAUAGCGGGAGCCUUGCUGAAUGUCAUAUCAGGUGUACGGGUUCAAUGGGCGAAGGCGCUGGCGCGGAGGGAUCGGUGGACGGAGGAGGUGGCUAUGUUACGGGAGGAGAUGAAGCGCGUUUUGCGAAGCUUGAAAAGUGUGCAAGCUGCUUGGCAGAGUCGCGCUGA